GUGUUAAAUCAAAUAAAUCAUGGGAGUAGUGAACUUGGCUUUAACAUUUGACGCAGUUUUCGCAGCUGUUUCCGGGCUUGCACUCUACUUCUUUCCCGGAAAAUUCGGAGACUUGUGUUUUCAAAAAGAGACUGAUGGUGUGCACUGGCAUCUUAUCCGUUGUAUCGGAGGACAAAUCUUCGCCUCCUGUCUGGUCUCCCUCAAGUUUCGAGGAUCUAGUCAAACGAGCCAAUCAGUUUGUCAUUUUAUCCGAUUAAUUCCAUCGAUUCUCAUUUUAAUGCUGGUGCUUCAAAUUCAAUCGGUGACGCCAAACUUGGUGGAGCCAACGAUUCUGAAAUUUUUUAAAUACCUGAUGAUCUCUACAAUUACGCUCCAUGUCACACUUCUAUCAUUUGCCGGAUGGAAAACAGGAACAAGAUUGCUCCCAGGAAACCGAUUUGGAAAUUUCUUGUAUCAACUAGAUGCACUCGCAUCAAUUUGCAUUGGAACUACCUGGAUGACUUUCCCAAAAUGGCUUCUUCAUCGACAGGUCCUUGUCGAGCUUGACGAGUCUCAUGAAUUCCUGGGAAGAGUCAUGGGAGCUAACUUCAUAGCGUCGUACAUUGUCUCAACUCAUGUUCUCCACUGGGAAUCCGAACAAGACAGAAACGUGGCAGUUGACGGACGUGUCAUUUGUUGCAUUUCAAUCCUUGGCGCCCAAAUCUGGUCACAGACCUAUGCCCACUGGUCCGGAAACCACUGGGUUGGAAUUAGCCUCUUCUCCACAUGGACUGUCAUCUCCUUGAUCUACCGCUCCUACCUAGUGUGCACCAAGAAAAGCCAUAAUAAAAAGGAAUAAUUUCUUAAUUAUUUUUUUUUCUAAUUUGCUGGUUCUGUUUAUCUCAAGCUUUCUGUGUUAUUGAAGAGAAAUCAAUAAAAAUGCAUUACAAUUUU